CAGCGCUGGCCGCCGGGCGGCGCCCCGUGCCUCGGCCGCGCUCCUCCCGCGCUGCCCGCUCCCCGCUCGCUCGCAGCCGGACACAGACUGCCUUCAGCUGCCGGCGGAUCGCGCUGGGGCCGCCGCGGCUGCUGCGGAAGCAGGGAGAACCGGAAAACAACAGCCCGGCGGCCCGGCCCCAGCUCAGCCCCCGGCGUGCGGAGCCGCCCAGAUAUUUUUGAGUGCCUACUAUGUGCCAGCCUGUGCUAGGCAUUGGAGAUACAGGUGGAAAAUUCCAACGUGUUCCCCGCUCUCCUGGUGCUCAUCAGCCUGUGAGAGUUAUGUCAUGCCCAGACCAGCAGAGGGCUCCAUGAGGAUUUAUAGAAGAUGCCCCGCCUCUCGGCGCCUUUGGUGCUGCUUCCCGCGUGGCUAGUGAUGGUCGCCUGCAGCCCGCACUCCUUGAGAAUUGCUGCUAUCUUGGAUGACCCCAUGGAGUGCAGCAGAGGGGAGCGGCUCUCCAUCACCCUGGCCAAGAACCGCAUCAACCGCGCUCCUGAGAGGCUGGGCAAGGCCAAGGUCGAAGUGGACAUCUUUGAGCUUCUCAGAGACAGCGAGUACGAGACUGCAGAAACCACUCGGGGAUCAGCAACCCCCCCCCCCCCAUUCAGCCCACUGUCUGCUCUCUGGUGGGGUUUGAGAAUGGACCACACUCCCACAGGCUCUGGUUCAGUGUGUCAGAUCCUCCCCAAGGGGGUGGUCGCUGUCCUGGGACCCUCGUCCAGCCCAGCUUCUAGCUCCAUCAUCAGCAACAUCUGCGGGGAGAAGGAGGUCCCUCAUUUCAAAGUGGCCCCGGAAGAGUUUAUCAAGUUCCAGUUCCAGCGAUUCACAACCCUGAACCUCCACCCCAGCAACACGGACAUCAGCGUGGCUGUCGCUGGGAUCCUGAACUUCUUCAACUGUACCACCGCCUGCCUCAUCUGUGCCAAAGCAGAAUGCCUUUUAAACCUGGAGAAGCUGCUCCGGCAAUUCCUUAUCUCCAAGGACACCCUUUCAGUCCGGAUGCUGGAUGACACCCGGGACCCCACCCCGCUCCUCAAGGAGAUCCGGGACGACAAGACCGCCACCAUCAUCAUCCACGCCAACGCCUCCAUGUCCCACACCAUCCUCCUGAAGGCAGCUGAACUAGGGAUGGUGUCGGCCUAUUACACAUACAUCUUCACUAAUCUGGAGUUCUCACUGCAGAGAAUGGACAGCCUUGUCGAUGACCGGGUCAACAUUCUGGGAUUUUCCAUCUUCAACCAGUCGCAUGCUUUCUUCCAAGAGUUUGCCCAGAGCCUCAACCAGUCGUGGCAGGAGAACUGUGACCAUGUGCCCUUCACGGGGCCUGCGCUGUCCUCAGCCCUGCUGUUUGAUGCUGUCUACGCCGUGGUCACCGCCGUGCAGGAGCUCAACCGCAGCCAGGAGAUCGGCGUGAAGCCUCUGUCCUGCGGCUCGGCCCAGAUCUGGCAGCACGGCACCAGCCUCAUGAACUACCUGCGUAUGGUAGAAUUGGAAGGUCUCACCGGCCACAUUGAAUUCAACAGCAAAGGCCAGAGGUCCAACUAUGCCUUGAAAAUCUUACAGUUCACCAGGAACGGUUUUCGGCAGAUCGGCCAGUGGCACGUGGCGGACGGGCUCAGCAUGGACAGCCGCCUCUACGCCUCCAACAUCUCCGACAGCCUCUUCAACACCACCCUGGUUGUCACCACCAUCCUGGAAAACCCGUAUUUAAUGCUGAAGGGGAACCACCAGGAGAUGGAAGGCAAUGACCGCUACGAGGGCUUCUGUGUGGACAUGCUCAAGGAGCUGGCAGAGAUCCUCCGGUUCAACUACAAGAUCCGCCUGGUUGGGGACGGUGUGUACGGUGUUCCUGAGGCCAACGGCACCUGGACAGGAAUGGUCGGGGAGCUGAUCGCAAGGAAAGCGGACCUGGCCGUGGCGGGCCUCACCAUUACUGCGGAGCGGGAGAAGGUGAUUGAUUUCUCCAAGCCAUUCAUGACUCUGGGAAUUAGCAUUCUUUACCGAGUUCAUAUGGGACGCAAACCUGGCUAUUUCUCCUUUCUGGACCCAUUUUCUCCUGGCGUCUGGCUCUUCAUGCUUCUAGCCUAUCUGGCCGUCAGCUGCGUCCUCUUCCUAGUGGCUCGGUUGACCCCCUAUGAGUGGUACAGCCCCCACCCGUGUGCCCAGGGCCGAUGCAACCUCCUGGUGAACCAGUACUCCCUCGGCAACAGCCUCUGGUUUCCCGUCGGGGGCUUCAUGCAGCAGGGCUCCACCAUCGCCCCUCGAGCCUUAUCCACCCGCUGCGUCAGUGGCGUCUGGUGGGCAUUCACGCUGAUCAUCAUCUCAUCCUACACGGCCAACCUAGCGGCCUUCCUGACCGUGCAGCGCAUGGAUGUGCCCAUUGAGUCAGUGGAUGACCUGGCUGACCAGACCGCCAUUGAGUAUGGCACAAUUCACGGAGGCUCCAGCAUGACCUUCUUCCAAAAUUCCCGCUAUCAGACCUACCAACGCAUGUGGAAUUACAUGUAUUCUAAGCAGCCAAGUGUGUUUGUGAAGAGCACUGAGGAGGGAAUCGCCAGGGUGUUGAAUUCCAACUACGCCUUCCUUCUGGAAUCCACCAUGAAUGAGUACUACCGGCAGCGAAACUGCAACCUCACUCAGAUUGGGGGCCUGCUGGACACCAAGGGCUAUGGGAUUGGCAUGCCAGUCGGUUCGGUUUUCCGGGAUGAGUUUGACCUGGCCAUUCUCCAGCUGCAGGAAAACAACCGCCUAGAAAUUCUGAAGCGCAAAUGGUGGGAAGGCGGCAAGUGCCCCAAGGAGGAAGAUCACAGAGCCAAAGGACUGGGGAUGGAGAAUAUUGGUGGAAUCUUUGUGGUUCUUGUCUGUGGCUUAAUCGUGGCCAUUUUUAUGGCUAUGUUGGAGUUUUUAUGGACUCUCCGACACUCGGAAGCUACUGAGGUGUCCGUCUGCCAGGAGAUGGUGACCGAGUUGCGCAGCAUCAUCUUGUGUCAGGACAGUGUCCACCCCCGCCGACGGCGAGCUGGGGUGCCUCCGCCUCGGCCCCCCAUUCCCGAGGAGCGCCGGCCGCGCGGCACCGCGACGCUCAGCAACGGCAAGCUGUGCGGGGCCGGGGAACCCGACCAGCUGGCGCAGAGACUGGCCCAGGAGGCCGCCCUGGUGGCCCGCGGCUGCACACACAUCCGCGUCUGCCCCGAGUGCCGCAGGUUCCAGGGCCUGCGGGCGCGGCCGUCUCCCGCCCGCAGUGAGGAGAGCCUGGAGUGGGAGAAGACCACCAACAGCAGCGAGCCCGAGUAGCCCCGGGGGCGCCGGACACGUGCAGGCCGGGCGGGGAGGUGGGAGGGCCGGCCGGGGGCGCUGCGCUCCGCGGGGAGCCGGGACUCGUGCGGCGUCCACGCUUCUCGCCCGAGCCUGGAUCCAGGAACUUGACCGAAAGAGCGCAGAGAGCCUGCCGCCCCGGCCAGACCCAGCGCCCGGGGCCGGGAGCCGGGACCACCCAGAGACGUUGCACCCCAGCGGCGAGGGGACGCCCUCCCUCCUGGCCACAAGGACCCAUCUUCUCCCAGUGGGCCUUUUCCUCCCGCCAGAAUUACAGAGUCUGGGGUGGGGGUCCCUGCUCAGACCUGUCCAAUGAAUUGGUGGAAUCAUCAGUGGAAUUUCCCCUAGGAAGGGGCCAUUGUACCCUGGGUCUAGUUCUUACAGGAAAACAAAUUAAACUCAACAGGGAAGUUUUUCUUUUCUGGAUUUGUAUAUUUUUGUUAAUGUUGUUUUGUUUUCCCUUCCCCACCUUCGCCCGCCCCGCCCCACUUUUCUUCUUCGUGUUGUCUCAAUUCUAGCCAUUUGAUUUGGGGGGGGGGGUUGUUUUUGUUUUUUGGAGGGGGAGGCUGCGUUAGGCAUUGGGAGUCUAAAUAAUCCGUUUCUUUUUCCUAAAUUUUAGGACAUGGAGUGGCCAGUGCAUUGGAUUUCAGGUGCCGACCUCUCUUUUCUGAGUGGGGGUUGGGGGCUCCAGUGAGUGUAGGAGAAGGGUCUUGGGAAAAAUAAGGUGGAGAGUCUCAAAAGUCCAUUAAAGUAAUUUUUUAAAUGCCCAAAUCCAAUCAAUUCAUGGUUUACUCAGAGAGACCUUGAAAUGCCUGGGAUUUCAGGGGUUACUAUGUCUUCUCUUUCUCUCUCUUUCUGACUUUCACUACCACUGGGUUUGAUUUGGUCUUUUGUGAAGGUGAUCUCUGAAGAACAGAGACAGGGGAGGAGAGCAGAAUGCACGAGGUGUCCUGGGGCAUAAGGUGUCCUGGGGCCACAGAGUGGCGGUAGAACACUUUUCCCAUACCCUGGCUUGGCUUCAGAUGGAAUGUGCUAGUCACAGGGGAGAAGGGGGGUGGGGCCCCCCUAUUGGUACGGUGCAUCCUUUGUCAAGGGCAUCUCUUUAACCAAACUCAGAGGCUGCCUUUGAAGCCAGACGCCCAAGACUAUUGUGGAUUGGGUGAUUUCUUUCUACUAGAUGUGAAAUCUGGGUGCAGGGGUGUGUGUGUGUGUGUGUGUGUGUGCAUGUGUAUGUGGGCGAGUGUGUGCUGUGUGUGUUUAUUAAGUGGAAAGAACUUUAAAUAAUCAAGAAGGUGCCAGGUUUUUAGGACACAGGUGGGGUCUCACAGCUGAUACACCCAGGGCUGGAAACUGGGGCCUGUUGAGCUCUAACCUCAGCUGAGGCAGAAGUCCCCUCGUGUGAGUUUGAGUAAAGUAUUUAACUUCUCUUCCAUCUCUGAAAUCAGAACGACUGAUGCUUUCCAGGCUCUCAGAUGGCUGCUGGUAACUGCGUUCUCUGUGAGAUGUUUGUGGGGUCCAACACACUCAGCUGAGGGGAAGGGCUUCCCAGCAUCUCUGUGACCUUUGCUUGGCUUCACCAGCUGGGAGUUUCAUGCAGAGUUUUCAUUUUCUGAUGGAAAACAAAUUCUAUGCAAUUCCUGAUUGUAAACGUAGACAAUUCAGAGGGAGACAGAAAUAAAUAGCCCCUACCACCACCGUCACCACCGUCACCACCACCACUGUCACCUCGAAUCCAACUGUCCUCACAUUUCUGUUCUGAAUGUACUAAAAUAAAGACAUCUCUGGAAGAUGAUGAGCUUAAUUCCAUGGGUUUUUUUGUUUUUUGGUGGUUUUUGUUGGUUUGUUUGUUUUUACCAUUUGGUAACAACAGCUUCUUUAUGCCAGUCCUGUUAGUUAAACUGCCAUCCUGGGGGCCAAAAUGGGACCCUGAUGAUUUCCCUUAAGGACGCCGGUAGUGUCCUAGGCUGACCUUCUCUCUCAUGAAUUUGAAUCUUUUUUUUCCCCUCUUAAACCAUCAAAUGAUGGCAAGCUCUGAAAGAACUCGAGUAUUUUUUUCAACCUUGCCUCGAGUCUCGUGGAUUUGGUGGGAAGGGCACCGAAGACCGCCUGACCGCAGACCCCAGUGGUGCCCUACUGUUCUAACCCACAGCUCCGUUCCUUGCUUCCUGCAGUGUGGUCUCUACUGUCAGAUCACACUGGGGCGGGAACGGAUUUUUUGUUUUGAUUUUUUUUUUUUUUUAAACAACUCGUUUUUAUGAGCAGGAUAUCUUGAUCAAUAGCCAACUUUUUUUAAUGGAUUAGUGAAAUAAAAGUCCCCAUGAAUCAUUUAUGAAGUCUGUGUCCUUCACCGCGUGCAGUGAAGAUAAGACUGACCGCGCUAGACAGUUUCUAUUAGCUGCGGGGACGGUUGCUGUGCCUCGCCCGAGCUGGCCCGUGAACCUGCAACCAACUAGUCCUCUUCCUUGGUUCGCCUCCACUUUUUAUCUGUUGGUUGUCGGCUUUCUUUUCCAUUCUGUAUUUUCUAUCUGACUCUGUAUACUGUAUAAAGCGGUUUUUUCUUGUCUGUUUAUCUUUCUUCAACUGGAAUAUUUACAAUAAAACAGAAACAAACCCUGAAGUGUUAGUGAUGGGUGA